CCUCACGCUCAUUUCUUUAAAUACCGCGCAAAGCUUCGCGCAGCUUUGCAGGUGAGGCCUUGGUCUCAUCUCACUUUUCCUUGAACUUUAAAUAUCCCGAACGCACUUUGUACACAGCCUCAAGAACUCCCAUCGCUCGUCCUCUCCCAACUUCGAUCCCGUCCGUUGUCGAGUUCACCUCUCCCGACUGAAUCCUGAACUCGCCUCGCCCUUCUCGCUUCUCUCUCUACCUACCUACUCGUCCAACUACCGACGUACCCAGUUCCUCGUCCUCGUUCACCCCAGCUGCAAGAUGGGCAAUUCCGUUCCCGAUCUAGAUGCCGUCGGCGUCAAAGCCGAGCCGGAGUUGGCGGAAGUGCUCCGGCGCGAGGUCGCCACUCUUCUGGGGCGCAACAGCCUACAUUUCCCCGGGGCGCAGCCAGUUAGUUUCGCAACGCGCCAUCUCACCGAAUUACAGCGUGAAGACUACUACGUUUGCGAGAAGACUGACGGCAUCCGGUGCCUCAUGUACUUUACGCGCGGGGAACCCGAGUCGGACACGCCGGAAGUACAUUACCUGAUCGACCGCAAGAACGAAUACCGGUGGGUGCCGGGGCUGCACUUCCCGCUGCCCGGCGACGACACCUUUCGGAACUUUCAUGUGGAUACGAUCGUGGACGGAGAGCUCGUGAACGACACCUACGAGGACGGGACGCAGCAGCUGAAAUACCUGGUGUUCGACUGCCUGGUGCUGGACGGACAGUCGCUGAUGCACCGCACGCUCGACAAGCGGCUAGCUUACUUCAAGGAGAUGGUGCUGCGGCCGUACAAUGCCAUGUAUCGCAAGUUUCCCGAAGAGAUCCCGCACCGUACAUUCACUGUGGAGGACAAGUCGACGCAGUUCAGCUACGGGCUCGAGAUGAUGUUCCGCGAGAUCAUCCCCAAAGUCAAGAAGAUCCACGGCAACGACGGGCUGAUAUUCACGUGUCGAAGCACCCCCUACAAGAUCGGGACGGACGAACACAUUCUCAAGUGGAAGCCUCCGGCGGAGAACACCAUCGACUUCCGUAUGCGGCUGGAGUUCCCCUUGCUCGAACCGGAUACCGAUGACGAGGCCGAGGGCAUUACGGAGCCGUAUAUGGACUACGAGGCCAUGCCGAUCUUUCAUCUGUUUGUCAUGCUGCGCGCCAAUGAAUACCAGCCUUUUGGGGAGAUGUUCGUCACGCCGGACGAGUGGGAAGACUUGAAGGCCCUGGGCCAACCGCUGGAUGACACAAUCGUUGAAUGUGCGAAGGACGACCAAGGCCGAUGGCGGUUCUAUCGGCUGCGGGAUGACAAGACGGACGCCAAUCACAUCUCGACGGUGGAAAAGGUUCUGGAAAGUAUCCAGGACCGCGUCACGGAGGAGGAUCUCAUUCGCAUGGCGCCCGCCAUCAAGGCGGCGUGGAAAAAGCGGCAGGCGUUGCAGGAGGAAGAAGCUCGGAAACGCCAUCGACAAGGCCCUGGUGGUGGACCUCCAAAUGGUCACAAUGGGGUCAAGAGGAAGUUUGAGGAGUGAUUGAUCAUCACCAUCAUCAUCAUCAUCAUCAAAGACUCAUUCUAUCCUUUCCAUUUGUUCCUCUUCAUCCGUUCUGGCCUCGUUGCCGUCGAGCUAUCAGCUACGACCUUGGGGGUCUUCGGCUGCAUUGGGUUGCUGGCCGAUUGGUCUUGAUUUGCGAGGCGUUAGGUGCUUCUGGCUGGUAUAUGUGCGUCUUGAGUGCGUGAUUCUCAAUUGCUUAUUAACCCCAUUUUUAUUCUUUUUAACUUUAUCUUCACGUGGGUAUGUUUCUUUCUAGUCUUCUGUGUAUAACCAGCAGCAACCGACCGCGUGUCGCGUGUUGCACAAAGGGAUAAAGCGACUGGGUGAGAUUGUGUAUAGACUCACCCUUCUUCCCCCUCCUGCCCCUCUGCCCGUCGCGUGGCAGCCAGGGUAUAGAGUAGUGAACGGAAUGAGAUACAUUUACA